CAGUAGCACGUCUAGUUUGUUUCGCAGUGUUCUUCGCUUGACUGCAUUUUAAACGAAAAAGGAGGACGCGAUGUUAACAACGCUUACGGAGCGCUACGAAGCGUUUUUUAAGCAGAAGAACGUGGUGACCGACUGUCUAACGGUUAUAGAGGAGAAAACCGGCGUUCAGAAACAGUACAUUGCAACAGGUGCAGUCUCUAUUUUGGCUCUCUAUCUGGUAUUCGGAUAUGGUGCCUCUCUCCUGUGCAACUUGAUUGGUUUUGUAUACCCAGCUUAUGCCUCCAUCAAAGCCAUAGAGAGCAACAAUAAGGAUGAUGACACUCAAUGGCUGACCUAUUGGGUGGUUUAUGGAGUCUUCAGUGUUGCAGAAUUUUUCUCUGAUAUCUUCCUGUUUUGGUUUCCCCUUUACUAUGCAGGAAAGUGUUUGUUCCUGUUGUGGUGCAUGGUACCAUUUUCAUGGAAUGGCUCUCAAAUCAUAUACACGCGUGUGGUGCGACCUUUCUUCCUCAAACAUGAAAAAACGAUUGACGGUGUUGUCAAUGACUUGAGUGACAAGGCCAGAAAUGCAGCGAAAGAAGGAUUUGCACUGCUAAAUGCUGAGAAGAAUAAAUGAUCUGAAGAAUACAACGACCUUCUGUUUACAUUUUGUCUGGUAUUUUGUUAAAGUCCUUGAUUUCACUGGAUUAUUAAUGUUUGCUACAUCUGAGCCAGGCAGUACAAUCAUCACAAGUUCACAAAUGGUCUUCAAGUGUUCAUGGCGCGGUGUAACUUACUUUACGUUUAUGUUAUGUAUUCAUCCUGUAAAUUAUUUUAGCACUUUAAAACUUACUUUUGAUAAAUAAAACUGGAAAGUAAUUUAGUGCCUAAAUAUAAAAAAGCUUGAAUUUCUUAAAGGGUACAUAUAAUGCAAAACCCUACAAUGAAAAUCUCAUUAGACAUGAUGUUUUGUUUCCCUUGUUAAUGUGAUGUCACAAUGAUAAAGCCCCGCCCACAGCCUCUGACUGAUUGGAUAUUGUUACACAAAAGCUUUUAUAAAUGUUUGUUUGCACAUUGUAGCGCUAAUUUGGCUAAAUAUACCAUCGCCUCAGACUGUAUUCAAAGAAAUCAGAUCUGUUUUACCUGAAUUGCUCCGUGUCUUUUGGUAAGGGAGUGAGGUGCUGUAGCAGCCAUGAAAACAGUGCUUUUUUGCUCCCACCCAAAUAGGGGCAUUGGGCAUGCUAUAACAAAUGAUCUGUUGGGUAUUUUGAGCUGAAACUUCACAGACACAUGCUAGGCACACCUUGAACUUAUAUUACAUCUUGUUAAAAUGGGCAUAAUAUGUGCCCUUUAAUAUUAUUACAAGGUAUUUUCUGGUGGGUCUAUGGGAAAGUUAGAAAGGUUUGUCUACACAAUUUCGUGUUUUCAUUUAAAGUGAGCGUAAAUGUUUUAAAAUGUGAAUUUAUUUAUCUCUUUGUGGAGGUUACAUGAAUAAGAAGUACAUAUGAAGAGUUUCGUUGCAAAACGAGAUAACUUCAGAAAUCUCGUUUUUUGUUGUGCAUUCCAAUUAAGAUCAAUUCAACUGCAGGUUGUUUGUUUUGAUUUAAACCUUCAUAACUUAAAAAUACAGCUAAGUAGCACCAUAAAACAAAACAAUAACAUGAUAACAUAAUAAUAAACAUGUUUUGACAAAAAUUUUAAAAACUGAGUUAUCUCGUUUUGCAACGAAACUCUUCAUAUCGAGGUUUAUUGUCACAAUUCAAGUUGUUCUAUUUGUGUUUGCCAACGUUUAGCAAAACACUGCACACGUCUUAUUUACAGCAAUUCUGAUGUGCAAAGUAGGCUAAACAAAGCAUCUGAUCUUUAUAAAGUAUAGGGCUGUCAAAAAAACAAAAAAACGGAAGGGUUUUCUCAAGGUUUUCCCGUUCAGUGAUAUCUGUCAAGUACAGUAGACUUUUUAUGUGACAUAUUUAUGAAAAAUACAUUUUUAGUAAUAAUUAUGGACAUUUUAAUGGAUUGAUGAUGCUGAUGAUUAAGUGCAAAUAUAAAUUGUGACCUAGAACCUUAAAA